CGGCGGGGGCGAGCCGAAGGCUGAGGGCCGAGGGCGGGAGAGGGCGAGGGCUGCUGCAGGCGGCGGGGGUGCGCGGCGGCCAGGGGGCGGAGCCCAGCGCGAGCCGCAGGCGAGGCGCGGGCCGCACUCGGACCCGGGAAGCUACGCGCUGCUCCCCGAUUCUCCGCGGAGGACCCUAGAAAAACUGUGCAAUGAAUGGUGAUACCCGGGCCGCAGUGGUGACCUCACCACCCCCAACCACAGCGCCUCACAAGGAGAGGUACUUUGACAGAGUGGAUGAGAACAAUCCAGAAUAUUUGCGGGAGAGGAACAUGGCACCAGACCUUCGUCAGGACUUCAAUAUGAUGGAGCAGAAGAAGAGGGUGUCCAUGAUUCUACAAAGUCCUACCAGAGUGAACUCCGAGCAGGAACACUUCCUCAUCGUCCCCUUUGGACUUCUCUACAGUGAAGUGACUGCAUCCAGCUUGGUUAAAGUCAAUCUACAAGGAGAUAUAGUAGAUCGUGGAAGUACUAACCUGGGAGUAAAUCAGGCUGGCUUCACAUUACAUUCUGCAAUUUAUGCUGCACGACCAGAUGCUAAGUGUAUUGUGCACAUUCACACACCAGCAGGGGCAGCGGUCUCUGCAAUGAAAUGUGGGCUUUUGCCUAUCUCCCCGGAGGCACUUUCCCUUGGAGAUGUUGCUUAUCAUGACUAUCAUGGCAUUUUGGUUGAUGAAGAGGAAAAAAUUUUGAUUCAGAAAAAUCUGGGCCCUAAAAGCAAGGUUCUCAUUCUCCGGAAUCAUGGGCUUGUGUCAGUUGGAGAGAGUGUGGAGGAGGCCUUCUAUUACAUCCAUAACCUUGUGGUUGCUUGUGAGAUCCAGGUUCGAACUCUGGCAAGUGCUGGAGGACCAGACAACUUAGUUCUGCUGGAUCCUGGGAAGUACAAAGCCAAGUCCCGUUCUCCAGGGACUCCAGCAGAGGAGGGCAGUGGAUCAACUCCCACGUGGCAGAUUGGGGAGCAGGAAUUUGAAGCUCUUAUGCGGAUGCUCGAUAAUCUGGGCUACAGAACUGGCUACCCUUAUCGUUACCCUGCUCUGAGAGAGAGAUCUAAAAAGUACAGCGAUGUGGAAGUACCUGCCAGUGUCACAGGCCACUCCUUUGCUAGUGACGGCGAUUCGGGCACUUGUUCGCCUCUCAGACACAGUUUUCAGAAGCAGCAGCGAGAGAAGACAAGAUGGCUGAACUCUGGCCGGGGUGAUGAAGCUUCUGAGGAGGGGCAGAACGGAAGCAGUCCCAAGUCGAAGACUAAGUGGACUAAAGAGGAUGGACAUAGAACUUCCACCUCUGCUGUCCCUAACCUGUUUGUUCCAUUGAACACUAAUCCAAAAGAGGUCCAGGAGAUGAGGAACAAGAUUCGAGAGCAGAACUUACAGGACAUUAAGACAGCAGGACCUCAGUCGCAGGUUUUGUGUGGUGUAGUGAUGGACAGGAGCCUCGUUCAGGAUGCACCCCUCUCUGACUGUACGGAAACUAUCGAAGGGCUCGAGUUUACAGAGCAGACCUUUAGUCCCGCUAAAUCUGUCUCUUUUAGAAAGGGGGAGCUGGUGACGGCCUCCAAAGCCAUCAUUGAGAAGGAAUACCAGCCCCAUGUAAUUGUGAGCACCACAGGCCCCAACCCCUUCAACACGCUCACAGACCGUGAGCUAGAGGAAUAUCGCCGAGAGGUGGAACGGAAGCAGAAGGGCUUUGAAGAGAAUCUGGACGAGACAAGGGAGCAGAAAGAAAAGUGUCCCUCAGGACAGUCAGCUGUCCCGAGCACUCCCCCCAGCACUCCUGUCAAGCUGGAAGAAGACCUUCCCCAGGAGCCGACGCCCAGGGAUGACAGUGAUGCCACCACCUUCAAGCCUACUCUCCCUGACCUCUCCCCUGAUGAACCUUCAGAAGCACUUGGCUUCCCAACAGUGGAGGAGGAAGCUCAUGAUUCCCCAGACCCCACUCAGCCCCUUGCUGAGGCUGACCCUGAGCCAGCCUCAGCUUCAGCUCCAGGGGCCGAAGAGGUAGCCUCCCCUGCCACUGAGGAGGGGUCUCCCAUGGACCCUGGCAGUGAUGGGUCUCCAGGCAAGUCCCCAUCUAAAAAGAAGAAGAAGUUCCGCACCCCUUCCUUCCUGAAGAAGAGCAAGAAGAAGAGUGACUCCUGAAGGCCCACCCUGUACACUGUCAUGUCUAGUGACCUGGCUCUGCCAGGAUUCCCUUUCUCGUCUUGUGUUCUGUCCUCUUGUGUAAUGGAAUGCAAAAAGCCAAGACCUCCAUGUAACUAGAGCCCCCUCCUAUGUGUGGUUAGCCCCUUCACCAGUGCUAACCCAGUGUGUGCUCAGUCCCCCUACCCUGGGCCUUGGGUUCUGUGGGGAGAUGGGCUUAGCCUGCACCUGUGAAUUGUGCCCCCCUGCAGGAGGGGGACAUUGAAUCCUGGUCCUGGCCGGAAGGCACUGGAAGCUUCUGCCAGCUCUGGUUACAGCGUCACCCUCCUGAGCCUUGCCUCUCACUCUCCUUCUGUUGUGAGUGUCGAAUUGUCUGCUUGGUUUCCCUCCACCCCGUGGAGUCUCAGGUGGCUGAUUUGGACUUGGCUUCUGCUGGCAUCCUCUGCUCAGUGAUGUCGGUUAUCCCCAUACACAGGGAAUCUAGCCAUGGUCUGAGAAAACCCUCUCAUGCCCAUCGGCAGCCCAGGGCACUGUGGCUGCCUUAAAGAAGUGGGUUGAACCUGCUGCCCUAGCAGUGAGCGACCCUGUGUACACCCAGCACAACGCUAUGCAUGGUCUAACUGGUGACCCUAUGACCAAAACCAGAUUCAGGCGCUCAUAGUUUAUCUUACUGGAGUCUUGGAUUCCUAUCAUAGGGAACAGAUACCAGGAGGGAGGAAGAGUCCUUUCUAGAACUUUCUUUUCAGUGGGUUUGCAAUUUAGCCUACAUUUUGACUGUGAAUUUGAGCAGGCCACUUUUUGCUUUAGCUUUUGUUAUAGAACCUGUGACAGACUGCAGAACACUCUUGAUUUGUGUGGGGAGGUUUUAUAGUGGAGCAGGGAUCAGUCUGAAAGCUGCCCUGGCUUUGAUAAAAGGUAACUUAUGGCAGAAGCCAGCCUUGGAGGUGACUUAUAGCAGAAGCCCGCCUUGGAGGUGCCAACUAAUGUCUUGCAUUAUUCAUGGAGCCCAUGACUUUCUUGAUCAAUCCUAUUAUGAAUUUUUACUUUCAUCCCGAAAAAGGGCUUGAAACUGCUUAGUUGGAGAUGGAGGGUGGUCAGGUGGAGCCCUGAAGGGACCCUGUUCCAGGAGCUCCAGUGCCAGGAGUGAGGAUGCCUGCUGGAGCCCUAAAACCCUGCUGGGGCUGCGCCUUUGGAGAGCAGGUGCUAGGGUGUGGUGGACUGAGCCAUGUGAUCUCCUGACUAGGGACCAUGCGGGACCCUGCAGCCUGCUGCAAUGCUUGUCUUGUUUUGUCACCAAGAUGGUAUGAAGUUCUCACCCUAGUCCUGAUUUCACUCAUCCGGACUCUUCCUCGUCCUCCCCUGCCCCUUUCUUUAUCCCACAUAUGCAAUGACUUCUCACUUUUGUAGUCUGAUUCUUUGUAUUACACAUGAACUAUCGUUGCAUAUCUGGACAGACUUGGAGGACAGGUCCUCUGUGUCCUUCCUCGCUGUAACAGGUUUUACUCACAAAUAAAAGUCUUUAAGCAGUUU